GUAAGCAUAUGAUAUAAAUCUUGAUGUGUUCUAUGGAUUUUUGGCCAACCUGUCCAGCAAUCAUUCCAUGUGGAACUGGACCAUGUUCGUUUUCUUGUUCGCCACCACCGCCUUGUUGUCAACCGUGCUGUCCUCCACCAGUUCCUUGCACUCCAUGUCCCACCUGCAGCUGUAUACCAGUGUUUAGACCAUGCCCUGCACCAGUCAUACCAGAUCUUGUACCACCCAUAGUUCCUUUGUUACCACCUUGUAGACCUCGUAGGCAACCACCAUGCGAGCCUUGUCCUCCACCGCCACCACUACCAGUUUGUUGCCCACCAGUAUUACCUUGCUGUCCUCCUCCAGAGCCUUGUGAUCCACCGCCGGUAUGUCCGUGUCCAGAACCAACUCCUUGUUACCAACCAGUCCUUCCGUGUUAUAACCCUCAAUGUCCCCCACCCACUCUUCCAAAACAACGUCCGAUUUGUCCAAGAGCACCGCCUUGCUCGGACACUUGUCUACCUUUAUCCCGUAGUUGCUGCCCAUAUUGCGAAUUGGAUCCUGUAACCCGAAGGCGACCUUUAAUAGUACAUGAUAGUGUUUUUGCAAAUAGGCCUUCAGGUUAUCCCGCGGAAUCAUUCACAAGACGAAAUCCCAACGUACGAUAUUACACUUCGAAUUACGUUAAACAGGGUCCUCAAUCCGGUUGCUACUAUCAUGUCGAUGUGCCUCUUAUUUAACAGAUCGGUGUCGUGAACAGAUUUAUCGUGUGUCAUGUUAAGUCUUGUUAUUUAUUCGAUUAAAAUGGAAUUAAACCGUUUUUAUUAAGU